AACCACAAUCACGUUAUGGCUAUGAUGCCGCCUCCAAUGGUGCCGCAGCCGAUGCCACCUACGCAUGCCCCGACGCCCUCUCCGCUGGGACCACCGACCAGCCAAGAAAAGACCCCUCCAAAAUCUGUCAUCGACACUGCGCAUGCCGACAUGGUGCACGACGCCCAGCUCGACUUCUACGGCCGCCGCCUCGCAACCUGCUCGUCUGACCGCACUAUCAAAAUCUUUCACGUCGAUCGCAACGGCGCUCACCGACCGGAAGCCACACUCGAAGGCCAUACUGGACCCGUUUGGCAGGUCGCCUGGGCACACCCGACGCGACACGGCCGACCGAUGCUCGCCUCCGCCUCGCACGAUGGCCGCGUCAUCGUAUGGAUCGAAGAUGCCCCGGGCAUGUGGCGCAAUUUUUACGAGUACGCAUGGCACGCCUCCUCUGUCAACUCGGUUGCCUUUGCCCCACAUGAGUACGGUCUCAUUUUUGCGUGCGCAUCGUCGGAUGGCUUCGUCUCCAUCUGCUCCCAGCUGCAGGAUGGCACUUGGGAUGAGAGACGCGUCAGCGAAUCGCGGGACGGCGGCGCACAUACGCAUCCUCUUGGUGCCAAUUCAGUUGCGUGGGGACCCGCUAUUACGCCAGGCGGUUUGUGGAUGCCAGAGCGUGCCACGCCCCCGCCGAUGCGAAUUGUCACAGCGGGCUGUGAUCACCUGAUCAAGAUCUGGAAGUUUGACAAUGACGCGAACAAUUGGUUACUGGAUGGGGAGCCUUUGAAAGGUCACCGUGAGAUGGUGCGGUGUGUGUCUUGGGCCCCGAAUGUUGGUCUUCCUCGCUCAAUCAUUGCUAGCGCAGGGCAGGAUAAGAAGGUUAUUUUGUGGAAUCAAGAGCUCGAAAGUGACACCUCAAAAGCUGAAUGGACGAAGACCGAGCUACCAGCGUUCGCGGGGCCGGUGUGGUCUGUUAGCUGGAGCCCGACUGGGAGCGUGCUUGGCGUCGCAUAUGGCGAUGAUAAAGUGACGUUGUGGAAGCAGGAGCUUGAUGGAUCUUGGAAGAACGUUACGGACGUCACAGCUGAGGGGACCGCCGUGCCGGAGUCGUCAUGAUUUGUACAAAUGAAAGAAGUUUUUAACUGCCGUGUCUACAACGGGUCAGGGAUCAUGAUUUCUGUCGCAACGCGAUGCAGCGGUGAAGCCUUCAAUACUAACAGGAGGGGGGGCACUGCCCGCUUAAAGCGAUAAUUAAGGCGAAAGAAGAUCAGCAUGACUGCGACCAGUAAAACGCAUUACGUUCGUGUAUGGCUCAGGUAUUUGUGGCGGACUGAAUCUAUGCCUGCAUACCAUAUGUCCCUUUUUCCGAGACGAAUGCCGCGUACCGCUCGUCGAAUGAGCUACAGGUAACGAAACAAGCGCUCUUGUAUCACUUUGGUAGCAUUUCCCGUCUUUCCUCCCACCGAUUAUUGUUCGCUGCUGUACCACUCUCCGGCAUUUUGUCGCACGCAGCACUUUGUUCACCAUUCCGAUGCAAUAAGAGUCUAAGACCUUCUCGCACCUCCAAUCGGUUGCUCGCCACUUCGGCGAUCAGUUACGGCAGAAAAACUACCACAUACAUCAGGCUUGACUCCAAAUUGCACCGCCACCGAUCGCAUGUGAGAGUGCCAUCCCUUGAUCGGUACUCUAAUACGCUCGAGUCCCUGCUCUGUGUGCGCACAGGUUGUUCUUUAAUUAAAAACAGAAGCCUAUUGCUUAUCUGGUGUCGAUGAGAUUAUCUACAUUUCGUCCCGAGGAGUACAUCGCGAUCUAAGACUUUAAAAGAACUAUCUAAGCUGAGGACUCAGCACCGAAGCUGUAGUCGCAGCCUCAUUCGU